CGGCGGGCGCGCCCCGCCCCGCGGAGCUCGGCGUUUGUUUCCGGGCCGAGGCCGCGGAGCGGGGCCGAGCUGCGGAGUGGGGCCGCGCCCGCCCCGGCCCGCGGGCAUGGACGAGGACGGGCUGCCCAUCGUGGGCUCCGGCAUUGACCUCACCAAGGUUCCUGCUAUUCAGCAGAAAAGAACUGUAGCAUUUCUAAACCAGUUUGUGGUUCACACAGUGCAGUUUCUCAACCGCUUUUCUACUGUUUGUGAAGAGAAAUUGUCAGCACUCUCUCUCCGUAUCCAACAAAUUGAAACCACGCUCAAUAUUCUGGAUGCAAAGUUAUCCUCAAUUCCUGGCCUAGAAGAUGUCAAAUUUGAAGUGUCCAGUGCAAAUGUGAACAGUGUUGAAAAUGGUCCUGUGCCCCAGGCUGCUUCAGAUCAACAGACAGCUGGAUCACCUCAGUCUGGACAGAACAAUACACAAGAGGAAGGGUUACAGAAAACAGAGGUGGUAACAGAAAAUGUCACAACUGUGGCCAAGGACCCAAGAUAUGCCAGAUAUCUCAAAAUGGUCCAAGUGGGUGUUCCUGUAAUGGCAAUACGAAACAAAAUGAUUUCUGAGGGGCUAAAUCCAGAUCUUCUUGAGACCCCAGAUGCCCCUGUGCCUGCCUGGGGAGAUGAUGGCAAAGCAGAAGACAGUUCUGACAGUGAAUCUUCAUUCAGUGACUGAGGAGAUUGAUUUCAGCCUUUGGAAACCUCUGUUAAGUGCUCACGUGUUGUGCAUCACAUGGGUGACAUGGUUUAUCUGGUGGCGUUUUUAGGAGCUAAGAUCCUCCAUGUUCUCUUCUGGAACAUUUGAACAGGCAGCAUGUUUCAACCUGAACCCUUCCAUGAUGAAAAUGAAUCAUGAGAUCUUGCAGUUUCUGAUUCUGAUGAAAUUACUUUGUAGAGAUCUAAGAAUUCCACACCUCUAAACCUCCAUGUCUCUAAAACUGCAUUCUGGUCAUUGUUAGAUUUUCUGUUUAACACAUUUAACCUGUGUUGCCUUCUUUCUGCCCCAUAACAUAAAAGUAAAUUAACUUUGGAAAAUGAAAGUGUUUCAUUGAUGAACUGUACUUUUUUAUCAAUGUCCUAUAUCUGCAGUGAUGCAACAAGAAUUACAUAUGUCAGCUCUCUUAUGGUGACUGCAAAUCAGUGAUACUCAGAUUUGAGAAAAACUAAAAUACAAGUGAAAAAUAUAUUGAAACCUAUUUUGAAUCUAUUUUCAAACCAUAUUCUGCUAUUCAGUGCCACAUUAGAGUCUGUAUGAAGCUGAUAAAGGAACUCCUACUCAUGAAGGGUUGAUUUAUCCAAUUCAGGUUGCAGUGUUGUAGAAAGGUACAAACAUGGCAAGGUUGAUUUGAAAAUGACACUGGGAAAAAAGCAAGGAGCUGGGAGAUUAUGAAUGGAAUCUCACUGCUUGUUCACUGUUAUGUGGGUCAGUUGAAACCAUUUGCUGACUUCCUUGGCCUUACUCAAAAGAAGCUGUGGCUGAGCAGUUUGCUCAGGCUGAGAAAUCACCUCCAAAUUGGUGCCUUUGCUGGUAAUUUCAGCAAAGAAGCUAAAAUUCAGUUUGUAUAAGGAUAAAACUGCCUUGGCACCUCUUGAGGCAUGCAGUGAGGAGCAAUAUAAAGAAAUGCCUGAUGUGCCCUGAAGAUUCCCCUCAAAAUUACAUGAUGUACUCUGUGUCUCAAAAAUGAUAUUUCAUUAAAGAAUCUUCUUUAAUACAAUUUGUUCCACAUGAAAUCCUUCACAAUCUGUUUGAAUUCCUCAGAAUGUUGUGAUAAUACCGGAAUGCUGUGUGCCAGGCAGUCAUUAACUUUCUGGUAUUUCACAUUCUUUCUGUGACUAAGAGGAGACCAAAACUGAAACUCCAAGUAUGUAAGUUUGUUAGCCUUUAUGACUGAGUCAAUAACUUCUCUCUUAGUUAUUUGUGCCACUUCAGUAGGUUACCUGCUUUUAUUUUUUCUGUAACUUAAGCAUGGUUCACAUUUAAGCCUAGUGACAUAUUCAUGCUCUCCAUAACCUGUAAAUCAGAGUAAUGCCUGAGUCCCUACAAAAGCAUAUAUGCACUAGAGAAUGUCUAGAGAUGGCAUUUCAAUGAUGGGUUAAUUGCUAUUGAACAUUUAAAAUAUACUUAAUAGUUAAUACUUGGUAAAACACAAAAAAAUUUAACAUAUUAGCAAUAAAUAUUUCAAAUGUAAAUGUGAUAAUGUUAUUUCAGAAUGUAUGUAUUGAAACACUCAUUUUUAAAAUCUAUAUUUGAAAACUCAUUUAAGCAGUCUGUAUAAUAAAAGCUAUACUUUGUAAACCAAA